AUGUACCCAGUCGCCAGCAACCAACCAUCGCUUGACUUGACCCGACUUUGCCAGCCGGACCUAUCCUUUUUUGCUGGCUGGGCAGGCUGGGCCGGUGUCUCUCAUCCUCAACACACUGGAUCAUCUCUACAACUUAUUCCGUCCCGUCGCUUCGCUUUUUCGCCCUCCUCACGCAGUGGAUUUCGGUUGCCGCCUCGACAACCAUUGCUGGAAGGCCCGAUGCCAGCGCUACACGGAAAGGUCGAUCGGAAGCCCAGGAAACGGACUAUGCUCGAGUCGCCUGCUAUCAAAGUCUAUCGGGAUACCGGUUGUCAGACAGAGACGGCGACAGUAAGUAAUUGGCUUUGCGACUUUUUCCUGUACUACCCUCUUUCUCAACCUGCUGCUGCCUUCAUACAACUAAAAAUGGCAAUUAUCAACUAA